AUCGGGUCACUUCGCUUGUCUUAUCUUUUUUUGGCUACAUCUCAAUGUUUUGCACAAUUAAGAAGAAAGCCAGCCGCAAUGAAACAGUUGUUUUGAUACAUGGUGGAUGCCUCCUGGCAGCACUUGGAGCUGCUUUGACGUGUGCCGUAAUCAAGGACUUUAGAAUAGGAAUGGAUUACUUGGUCAUGCGUUUGUCCUAUUACACGGCGAUAUUGUGGGUACCGUGCACAAAUAUAGUGACUACUUUCUGCGUAGUCGCGUCGUUACGGAAGCAUAUCAAGCCGAAUGCAACGAUAACAGCAGCGGCAGGAAGGAAGAGCACUGUUGUAGUGAUACACUAGAUUUUACCGCGGCUCAUACACACCGCUCACGCUAUGUUAUACCCUCAAAUAGAAUUUAAAGCAGUUGAUUUUUGAUUUCUGUCUUUGACGUUUCCGACAUGAAAUAUAUAGAAUUCCAGUCAGGUUGAUGCAUCACGCUAUCAUGAGUGAAUUUUCUCCUCUCUGAGGCAAUGUCACUGUCCAUGUAUAUUUGCCAUCCUUUCAGAUAAGUGUUAAAAGC